AUGCUGCGCAAACUUCUCCACGCACUCUUGCCUGCCGACGCACACGAGAUCUGUCGCGAGUGUCUCUAUGUGGCGGUUCAGCCCAUCUCCUUCACCAAGCCCCCCACGCUUGUUUCGGAAUUCUUCAGCAAAGACGAUCUCAUUGAGGCCUUGAUUGCCUCGUGUUACAUUCCGGGCUACCUGGACCACGGCUUUACAUCCAUGUUCCGAGGACAACCACACGUGGAUGGUGGCUUCAAAGACCUUGUACCGCGACUCGCCAACGUUCUCAAACCCGGUGAACGCGGCGUGCAUGUGCUGCCCUUUCCAGACUGGGUUGCACGCGCUCUGGAUAUCCCCAUCGAGAUUGGGCCCUCCCUCGUUCCGGAGAACGUGUUUAGGGACGUGGAGCUUUUUCGCAUGAUCUUUGUGCCGCCCACUGAAGCCGAUGCCUGGCGCCUGUUUGCUAUUGGCCAGCAGGCCGGCAUCAACUAUCUGGAAGCCAAACUCGCAUAG